AAGAGAAUACUGGAGAGAGAGAGAGUCUUGGUAACAAGCUUCUGUGGGAGUGUAGAGAUGAAGGUGGAGGUGGAGGAGAUCAGCAGGAGCAGGAGAGACAACAAGAACAACGACUGUAAUGGCGGUGAAGGGCACGUGCAAGAAGCGUGCAACAGAACAUUUGGAGCCAAGUGUAGCCAUAUUGCAAAGAAACAAAGGGCUAAAUUUUAUAUAGUAAGGCGUUGUAUAGCCAUGCUUGUAUGUUGGCGUGACAAGGAAAAAUAACACCUUUUUUCACU